CGUAUGCAUUUUUUAAUUUUUACUAAUUUAAAAAAAUUCUAAUUAUCAAAAAUAGCAAAAUUAACUUUUUAUACAAGACAACACUUGGAUAAAAUUUUAAAUUGUCUCUACUUUAUUGUAAACAGUAUUUCUAAAUAACAACGUUCUAACAGCAAUCCUCGAUUAAAAAUAGCACGCCCGUGUACAAACGCAAAUCUUCAUUUCUUUAUGUUUACCUUCCUGAAAUCGGCUACGUCAAAAAGCCCGCCGUUUCAAGAUAAUUUGGUUAUGUAUGUAGGAAAACAGGAAAAUUAAAAUAAAUAAAUGUUUUAAACUUUCGUUCUAUUACAAUAAAUGCAAAUAAGAGAUUUGUAGAAAAAGAAUAGAGGUAUUACCCUACCAUGGAAAGUACUUCUGAAGAAGGGCUUCUUUCACGAAAGAGACAGCAUUCCAAAUCAAGAUCUAGGUCGAAAUCUCCCUGUGAGACACCCGAAAAACAGGAUGUAAAAAGAAUAAAGGUUGAUAUCGAGGAUACAAUUACUUUAAAGGAAAAUCAUGAUAGUGACAGGACUGGGGUUCCUGACCAGAAUGAACAAGAUAAAGCAGAAAUUGCCAAUGGAACUGAAGGUGAAUCUAAUAGUGUUUCUGACCAGAACGAGCAAGAUAAAGCAAAAAUUACCAAUGGAACUGAAGGUGAAUCCAAUAGUAUUCCUGACCAAAACAAGCAAGAUAAAGCAGAAAUUACCAAUGGAACCGAAGGUGAAUCUAAUAGCCUUCAUCAAGAAUGUGCUGUUAUGGCAUCAAUUGAUAUUGAAGUUAAUAAAGAUGAUAAAGAGUUAGAACAGAAUAUGGAGAAAGAGGAGAUGAAGAAUGGAAAAGAAAAUGACGAUAAUAGCAUUGGAGUUGAAGAAAAUUCCACUGAAGAAACAAGUUCUGAAAAGUUAUCUAAGAAUGGCUUCAUAUUUACUGAAAACACUGUGGAAUUGAAUAAUCCAGAAUUAAUGGAUACUACAUUAGAGUCUUCAGUAAUUUCAUCUGACAAUGAUGAACCAAUUGAUAGUAAGGAUAACACAAAUGAUUCUAGCACAUCUAAGAUUACAGACACUCCUAAGAAAGUGAAAAAGGAAUCAAAAAUGGAUACUGAUAACAAAGAUGAUAAAGCAAAAGAUUCUGAAGGCUUGUCAUCAGAUAGUGAUGAACCAACAGACAAUGAAAAGUCAAAAGAGUCAAUGGUACCUACUAAGAUAUUAAAAAUUGAGACUCCUAACAAGAAGCUUACACCUAAACAAUUACAGAAAAGACUAGAGAUGGAAAAGAAACAACAAGAAAGAGAUAAAGAGAGGGAAGAAAAACUGAAAAAGAGACUUGAAGAAAAGCAAAAGAGAAAAGAGAUCAAAGAAAAAGAACUGGAACAGAAGCAAAAAGAAAAGGAAAUGAAAAAGAUGGAAAAGGAUAAAGAAUUGGAACAAAGACGAAAAGAGAAAGAAGAGAAGGAGGAAAAGAAACGAAAGGAAAAAGAAGAAAGGGAACAAAAGCGAAAGGAAAAGGAGGAGAAAGAAGAACAAAAGCGAAAAGAACGCGAAGAGGAAAAAUUAAAGAAACUGCAGGAGAUUGAAGAAAAAAAUAAAGAGAAGUUGAAGGAAGAAGAAAAGAAACAAAAGGCAGCUGCAGCGUUUGUCAACUUCUUUGUAGCCAAAAAGACUGAUGAUGCACAAGAUGACAAAAAAUCACAAGAAGAAAAAAGACCACAAACUUCCAAUUUUCUACAAUUUGAAGUAAAAUCAGACAUGAAGUUACCUUUGCCAAGAAGGGAAUUUUUAAGUAAUGAAGAAAAGGAAAAUCUAGUAUGUUAUCUAGAUUCUCAAGAUUCGGAAGCUUCAUAUUUAAAAGAUCUGUCAUCAGGAAAGGCUAUAGGUAAAAGUCUAAAAACUUGGCCAUAUGAAGAAUCUCUUGAUGAUGAAAUCAUUCUUGUUGAUUUGGGAGAAACUAUUUGCGAAGACAAAUCUGGCCUUCAAAGACACAAAGCCAAGUUUUUGUACUUCCAUGACAAUCGUAGACCUGCAUAUUAUGGCACAUGGAGGAAAAAAAGCAAAUUUGUUAAACCAAGAAAACCUUUGGCUGAAGAUAAAAACAUUUUAAAUUAUGAGGAGGAUUCAGAUGAUGAUUGGGAGGAAGAGGAACAAGGUGAGUCUCUUAAUGGUUCAGAAGAUGAAGCUGAGAAGGAUAAUGACGAUGACAAGGAUGAUUAUGAAGUUGAUAAUGAAUUCUUUGUUCCACAUGGGCACUUAAGUGAUGAUGAGGUGGAUGAUGAAGAACUGAGUCGUUUAUCCCCAGAUUCUUUGAAACAAAAACUUAAACUUCUUAAAGAAGAGUUUGAUCAAGAUAUGAAGUCUAAAACUCAGAAACUAAAGCCUAGGUCCAUUGGUUGCAUAUGGUAUAACAAAGAUGGCAGUAAUGUGGAAGAGGCAGUUGAUAGGUAUCUACAACCUCUGGCUAUUAUACACAGAGGUCAAAUAAUGAUUAAAAAAAGAGUAGAUAUUUUUGUAGUAAAAGAGAAAAAGAAUAAAGUGUCUCGAGAACUAAAUCCUGAUCUCAUUCCAGUAUUUUUAAAGUUGGUCCAUUACAGUCCAUGCAAAAAAAGUGUCCUUGUUGAACAGUUCUUAGCUGAUUUGGAAAAGACUGGUGCUAAUAAAAAUGUUUCCAAAGGUAUGAUCAUUAGAGCGUUGAAAAGGAGUGCUUGCUGGGAAAAAUAUAGGGAUAUAGAGGCCAAAAGGUUCAAAUUUCGGUGGUCUGUCCAUCAAGAUCUGCGAGACAAGUAUGAUUUAGAUGCUGAAAAGGAUGGUAAAUGAAGAAUACUAAUAUCAAUUUAAUUAAGUAUAUUUAAAUUUUGUAAAUAAAUUAUUUUAGAAAAAAAAUCUGUUAUUUGUUAAAGACAGUAAUGUAUUUCUAUUUUAUAUAUUCCUGAGCCUUUAUUUUAUAGAAGUUCUUUUUGAGAUACAAUCGUAUAAAUGCUUUCUUAUACAAAUAUAACGUUAUUUCUCAA